AUGAGAUAAAAAGCUAAUUUUAAGUUAUAAUGUUAAUACGGUGAUCAUUAAGAAGAGAUAGAAACUGUAUGCUAUAAUGUAUUUUGUACAGAAUCUCGAUUAAGUUGCUUUCAAUGUAUUAAAAAGGGAAUCCAUCAUGCUCAUAUGAUGGAUGUUGAAAAGGUGAAUAGUCUUAUACAAUUCCUUGAAAAAAUAAAUAGAGAAUGUGACACUUUAAUUGAUGAACUUGAGAAAUAAUUAGAAAUUCUGAAUAAAUCAUUUUUUAUAUUAACAAGAGGAAUCAAAAAGAAAUAUUCUUUGUAAAUGGAAAGAUUAUGCCAUUUAAAUACUUAAUAAGUAAAUGAUUUUUUGAAUUCAACAAUCAAAUUAUCUGAUUAAAAAUAAUCACUGACAACAAUAUUAGUAGGAUAGAUGAAGACGUUAACUCAUUCAUUUGAUAAUUUAUCUGAAUAAUUAUAAUUAUCAUCAAUUAAUUAUUAUUAAAUUGAUGACAAUGAUAAACAAUUAUCCAAAGAACUCUAUGAUAAAGGUUAUGAUUUCUUGAACAUUUUUAGGUUAUAAGUUAUAUUUGGAUUUUAAAUAUCAAGAAGCCACAGAAUAAUUAGAUAAAUCUAUAUAAUUUGAUAAUGAGAAUUUAUUAUCAUUAACGUGUAAGGGUAUAAAGUAAUUUUAUUAAUAGGUACAUGUUUAAAAAUGUUGUCAAAUUAUGAGGAUGCCAUCAUUUACUUGGAUAAAGCAUUAAAAAUUGAUCCUCAAAAUUUAGAUUCAAUUAAUUAAAAAGGUUGAUCUAAUAAUUGUAAAUUAAUAGGCUCUUGCUUACAAAUGUUAAAAAAAUACUAGGAUGCUAUUAUUUAUUUUGAUAAAGCAAUAGCUCUUGAUCCUAAAAAUAUUUAUUCAUUAGUUUCUAAAGGUAGAAUUAAUCUAUUUAAAUUAAUAGCUUAAUGUUUAAAAAUGUUAAAUAAAUAUGAGGAUUCAAUCAUUUAGUUGGAUAAAGCCUUAGCUAUUGAUUUUAAGUCAAUUGAAUCCUUAAGCGAUAAAGGUAGAAUUACUUAAAUUUUAUUUAUAGGGGAAUGUUUACGAUUACUGAAGAAAUAUGACGAUUCUUUAAAAUAUCUGAAUUAAGCACUCGCCAUCAACCCUAAUCACACAUCUACUCUUAGACACAAAGGUAACUUUUAAUUAAAUUUUUAGGAGAUUGUUUACUAGAUUAAUAACAUUAUCAGGAAGCCCUUGAAUAUUAUGAAAAAUAUUUAAACAUCUAAUCAAAUGAUGUUUUAAUAAAAAAACAAUUAGGUAAUCUAAUCUUAUUAUUUAGAUUGUUGUAAGUAGUAAUUAUAGAAAUGA